AACCCCUUCCCUUAUACCCACAUAUUUUACCUCUCUCUAAAAAAAUCAUGGCUGAAAUCAAGUCCUCUCACGGCGCCUUUGCUUUCUCCGGCAAGAAGCGAUCCGGACCGGAAGACAACGACGGCGACGAUGGAGUCGUCGCCAAGAAGUCCUUGUUAAUUCCAGCGGUGGCAAUUGGAGAGGAUCCAGCUGCCGCAUUGGCCUCGGCACGUCAUGAAUUUGGCGAGCACGGAGGAGUCAACAUGUCAAUCGAAGCCUCCGCAACGUUCACCGUCAUGGAGCCGGAGACGAUGAGGCGUAUGUUCUCCGGUGAGCUCGGGCCAGAUCGGGAUUUCUUCAUCUAUAGCCGUCACUUCAAUCCAACCGUACUCAAUCUCGCCCGUCAAAUGGCUGCCCUGGAAGGGACCGAGGCUGCUUACUGCACGGCCAGCGGUAUGUCGGCGAUAUCAUCGGUGUUGCUGCAGUUGUGCAGCAGCGGAGGACACGUGGUCGCUUCGCGGGCUUUAUACGGUGGGACCCAUGCCCUGCUCACGCACUUCUUUCCUAGGGCGUGUAACAUAACGACGUCGUUUGUGGAUGUCAGGGAUUAUGAGGCGGUGAGGAAUGCGAUCGUGGAAGGUAAGACCAAGGUGCUUUAUUUUGAAUCAGUCUCGAAUCCGACCCUCACCGUCGCCAAUGUCCCGGAGCUCAGCCGGAUUGCUCACGACAAAGGAGUCACGGUGGUUGUGGACAACACGUUUGCCCCGAUGGUGCUUUCUCCGGCCAGGCUUGGUGCUGACGUGGUUGUUCAUAGUAUCUCUAAGUUUAUCAGCGGUGGAGCUGAUAUCAUCGCAGGUGCCGUUUGUGGGCCGGCGAGCUUGGUGAACUCGAUGAUGGACCUUCACCAAGGGGCGUUAAUGCUUCUGGGCCCAACAAUGAAUGCCAAGGUGGCCUUUGAGCUAUCAGAGAGAAUUCCUCACUUGAGCGUUAGAAUGAAAGAGCACUGCCACCGUGCAAUGGUUUAUGCGACCAGGAUGAAAAAACUGGGCCUAAAAGUCAUAUACCCAGGCCUUGAAGACCACCCAGAUCAUGGGCUCUUGAAGUCCAUGGGCAAUAAGGAAUAUGGGUUCGGUGGGCUUCUUUGCCUUGACAUGGAAACUGAAGACAGGGCUAACCGUUUAAUGAACCAUUUGCAGAAUUACAGUCAAUUUGGGUUCAUGGCAGUAAGCUUGGGGUACUAUGAGACACUCAUGUCUUGCUCUGGGAGUAGCACAAGUAGUGAAAUGAAUGCUGAAGAGAAAGCUCUUGCCGGAAUCUCUCCUGGGCUGGUAAGGAUGUCUAUUGGGUAUAUAGGGACAUUGGAGCAGAAAUGGGCCCAAUUCGAAAAGGCCUUAUCUAGGAUUCAAGGCCCAGGUUUGCUGAACAAGAACUAGGUGGUUAACUGGUGUGUAAUAAUCCGAUGGUGGCUUCUCCCCUUUCUUGUAAAUUUGUAAUAAUUGGACGCUUUGUUUGCCAAUUGGGAUCUUUGUUUUUCUUA